GCCGGGCCCGCGGGGCGGGAGCAGGGGAUGGAGAAGCUGCGGAGGCUGUGGAGGGGCCGCACGAUGACCUUCGGGGUGCCCCUGCUGGUUUCAGUUUAUUGCAGUUUUGAGCAAUAAACACAUCAGAAGGACACCAGCUUGCCACAAGAUGUAAACACUUUCUCAUUGUAGUUUACCUUGGAUAGAUUUGAAUCUCAUCAAUGUGCUUUGUCUCUGAUGGAGCUUAACUGAUGUUUCAUGCUCUAUCUCAUUGGAGGAUCUUUUGGACUCCGUGAAUUUGCUCAGAUAAGAUAUGAUGUUCACAAACUACAUGGCAAGGUUGAUCCAGCUUUGAAAGAAAAGUUAAAACAGAACACUGUGACACUGGAAUCUGAAUAUGAGAAGCUGGAAAAAUCUAACUUGGAUAACUGGGAGAACAUCAGAGGACCCAGUCUGUGGGAAGAUUCCAGGACGGUUCAGAAGCAACGGCGGGAGGCUCUCCGUCUCAAGACAGAGUGACUGAGCAAGCCUAAUUUGGUGCAUCUGGGAAAAAAGUCUCAGGCUGGACUGUCUUAAUUUUUAAUCCAGUAUCAGGAACAGACAUGGGAGCAAUUGCACUGAACAAUUCAGCUGUUGUAUAUAUAAGUAACUGUGAGAUCAGCCCAGAAGGCGCUGCAUUAUAUGAAGCUCUUUGUUUGCAUCCAUUUGCGUAGAGUACCACAGGCUGUAUAUGUUAAUUUUCAAUUAAAAAAAGCUGAUUCUUCUAUUGAGAA